GGAACAAUGUAUUUCCCAAAAUACCUCCAUAUAAUUUUUAUUAAUAGAAAAUGAAUACUCAAUUUAGUCAUUAGAUUAAGAUAACGAGUGGCUGAGAUUUAUUCUCCAGUUAUACACUUAUCAUUAGUUAUACUUUGAUCAUCUAUAUAUAUAUAUAUCGUGUGUUUGGUUCAUGAAAUUCAAUUUCACAACUUAAUUUAAGAUAAUUAAUUAUAACUAAUACAUUCCAAUUUAAAUAAUUUCUUAACUUAAUUUUAAAUUAUAUCUUUAUAUUACUUAAUCUAAAAAAUCAAAAUACUACUACUUAUUUUUUAAGUACUAAAAUUAUGCAGAUGAAAUAAAUUUGAAAAAAAGGAAGAAGUGGAAAAGAAAAGAUGGAGAAGGGGAGUGUAUAUGAAAAUGUGUGGGAUGUGACGCGUGUCCGUUAUCCAGCUGUAUACCAUUCCUAUUUCAACCGUUUCUUUCCUUUACCAUAUAUAUAUAUAGAUAAACCCAAGCCCAAACCCAAACCCAAACCCACACUAUAGAAAAAAUCAAAAAAUGGCUAACCUCAACAAAACGGCAUGGAUCGGAUCAAGGGUCCAUGGAGCCCCGAAGAGGACUACCUCCUCCAGCGCCUCGUCCAGAAGCACGGCCCCCGGAACUGGUCCAUGAUCAGCAAAUCCAUCCCCGGCCGCUCCGGCAAGAGCUGCCGCCUCCGCUGGUGCAACCAGAUCUCCCCCCAGGUCGAGCACCGCGCUUUCACCCCCGACGAGGACGACACCAUCAUCCGCGCCCGCGCCCACGCCCGCUUCGGCAACAAGUGGGCCACCAUCGCCCGCCUCCUCUCCGGCCGCACCGACAACGCCAUCAAAAACCACUGGAAUUCAACUCUCAAGCGCAAAUCCUCCUCCUUUGCCUCCGACGACUCUCCUCCCUUGAAGAGAUCCGCCAGCGCCGGCUCCGCCCCCGCCGAUUUCCCCCCGCCCAGCCCCUCCGCCUCCGAUUCGGUUUCUACGCACACCAGCUUCCUCCCCGAUACGCCCACUGGUCUUACCCUCUCACUCCCCGGAAUCGAUCAAAGCACCGAUUCACAUUCUAAUUCCCCCAAAAUUAACCCUAAUUCUAUCCAAUUGGCGCCGAUUCAGCGGCAAACGGAGGCUAAUUCGGUGAAUUUCACCACGGAAUUGAUGGGGGUGAUGCAGGAGAUGAUUAGGGCGGAGGUGAGGAAUUACAUGGUUGGAUUGGAGGAGCAGCGGCGGCGAAUUGAGGAGCUGGAGAAGCAGCAUAAUCGGCUUUUUCUUCAUCACCAGCAGCAGAAGCAGUUUCAGUUUCAGUUUCAGGAGAUGUGUAUGAAUAUGAAUGUGAAUGAGGGGUUUAGGAAUGCGGCGGCGGCGAUCGGAAUCAGCAGAGUUGAUUGAUUUGAUUGAAUUGGAUUGGUUUGUGUUUGUUUUUUAGCGAUGGGGGAAUCGGAGAGAGAAGAAGGAAACGUUCUACGUUUUCUGAAUUUUAGAUUUCGGAAAAAAAUGGCCAAAAUAUUAAAUAAUUUUUGGUUAUUAUACAGUGGAAUGAAUGUCAUCUAAAAACAGAAAAUUACAGCUUGAAAAAAGAAAAACGAAAAUUAAGUAAAUAACUUUGUCCUAUUC